AUGCAUUAUCUACUUUCACUUCCUAUCUCACUAGAUAGUAUCUCCCACAGGGACACUACUGGAAACAAGAACACUACUUACACGAAUUACAACGGAUUCAAUGUGCUGAACUUCACCACCAGCUGGUCCGAUGGCCUGGCUUUUAACGCUAUUGUACACCACUUCAGGCCACAUGCAUUCAGCUGGGAUCACGUCGUCGGAAUGACCCCCAUAGAAAGAAUGGACCAUGCAUUCACCGCAGCCAAAACCCACCUCAGUAUAGAGAAGCUGCUGGACCCUGAAGACGUUGCUGUGCAAUUACCUGACAAGAAGUCCAUCAUCAUGUAUGUGACGUCGCUGUUCGCGGUCCUGCCCAAAGAUGUUACCAUGGAAGCGAUCAGGGAAGUGGAGACUCUGCCUCGGAAAUAUAAGGUUGAGGCACAAGCUGGAGCUACUCUUAACGCUCAGAGAGAGGAGGCUCCAAGCAGCCCCCGGCCGGAGACCCCGGACACAGCCACAGAGCCGGAAGCAGACCUGAGCUUCUCGGAGGUGGAUCUGGACACGUACCAGACCACACUGGAGGAGGUGCUGACCUGGCUGCUGUCGGCUGAAGACGCGGAGUCGCUUUCCAACCAACCCGCAAGCGGCGUCAAACGGCCCUCGCCGCAACGCGCGACUCCCCGCACCGCGCGCACCACCCCGUUCCACGUCGGCCUGCACCAAGCCACCCCGCACCAAGCCACCCCGCACCACGCCGCCCUGCACCACGCUGUCCCGCCUCACGCCGCCCCGCACCAAGCCGCACCAAGCCGCAAUGCGCCGCUCCACAACGCCCCGCACUACGCCGCACCACACCGUACCACGCAGCACCGCUCAAAGGAGGUGGCGCCGUUGUGUGAUGAUUUGCUCCCGUAG